AUGCUUUGUAUCCGAGACUUUUCUCAAUUUGCAAUGAAAUGCUACAGGUCUCUUAACCCGGGGGGGAGUGUCGAGAUAUCGGAAGCAUUGCUCAUCCCCUAUAUCCAUGAUCUCGACCCGACGAAGCUACCAGCGUUCUCAAAAUUGGUGUACAGGAUAGCUAGUAAGGCUCUAUCGCUGGGGAUCGACCUGCAGAAUAUCAAUCUGAAAAAAUGGAGUUGGGAGCUAGAGAAGGCUGGGUUCACCAUUGAACUUGUAGCUAGAUUAUCUCGUCUCUUGCACGACAAGAUUGGAGACAUAUUUGAAGCUAGAUUCCGUCAGAUCAGCCUUCGUUUGUUGACUCUCCAAGAGGGUUCGUUCGCGCAAGCCCAAUUAGAUAUUGCAAAUGCAAUCAAGGAACUGAGACGAGAUGAGGUGCGGGUUGAAUGGCCAUUGUGA